UUUCAGGACUGCAACCGCCGUACGGCAUCUGAAUCGUAAAUUCAGAAAAAAAACUCGACAAAGACGUCGUUGAGGUUUUAAUGUCGUCAUGAACAGAAUCUUUAGCGCGACACCGCGUCCGUUACUGAGACGAUGGCUGUGCAGUAACCGUCGCUCCGUCUGCUCGUUCUCUGCCCUGCGUUCAGGAGCUGCGGGAGAUCCUGAGCAUUUGGUGCUACGCUCACAUUACCCGGACACUCCGCUGCCGGAAGCUGGAGUAUCGCAAUUUCUGCUGUCGUCCUGUGGCCGCCACACCAACCGCCCCGCUCUCAUAGAUGGUAUCACGGGCCGCGUGCUCACCUACGGCCGCCUUAUAGACGGCAUCCAGCGCUGGGGGGCCGUGGUACAAGAGAGGUGGUCCCCAGGGUCACCGCCCCCCACCGUGGGGAUCUUCAUGCGCAACUGCCCCGACUACCCCAUCAUCUUCUUCGGCACGACCCUCGUGGGUGGGGUCGUGACCCCGCUCAACCCCAGCUACACAGCAGAGGAGGUGGCUGUACAGCUGGCUGACAGCGGCGCCAGUUUGCUGGUGGUAGAGGCAGCGCUGGAGGCCGUCGCUCUGAAGUCCAUCGGUCUGCUGAGCGCCCGUGGCAUGCCUCCUCCCGCCCUGUUCCUGCUCGGCGACUCCAAGUCCGGCAACUCUGACCUCAGGGCAAUGCUGGAGGACUCCACUGCACCCUUUGCGAAGCACGUUGAUGUUGACCCCAGCAGCGUUGCACUUCUGGCGUACUCGAGUGGUACGACGGGGCAGCCUAAGGGCGUCUGCGUGACACACAGCGCAGCCACCGCUUGCUGUGAAAUGUUGUGCAGCCCUCACUUCCACUGGCCGAUAGACCCUGACGUGGCAGCCAGGUUACUAGGGUUGAUACCAUUCUACCACAUCUACGGGAUUGUCAGCAUCAUGCUCAAGGGUCUGAAGAUCUCCAGCACAGUCGUCACGCUGCCCAGAUUCCAGCCAUCCAGCUUCAUCCGCGCAUUACAGGAACACAAGUUGACAGUGAUGAACCUGGCUCCACCCCUCCUGAAGUUCCUCAACGAGAGCAACGACGUGAAGCGUGAGUUCCUGCAGAGCUGUCAUACAGUAGGCUGUGGCGGGGCUCCCUUGUCCACUUCUUCUAAAGAAAAAUUUACCAACAAAUUCGGCGACGGUACUGACCUCUAUGAAGGGUUUGGUAUGACGGAAUGCAUAAUAACUCACGGGACCCCCAGAAUCGACAGAAAAUUAGGCCGAUGUGGCAAACUGUUGCCGCGCGUGCAAGCCAAAAUAGUUGAUAUGGACACUGGCGCUGCAUUGCCUCCUAAUGGAAAUGGGGAACUGUGCUUGAAGACACCAUGUAUGAUGAAAGGGUAUCACAACCGUCCAGAUGCGACUCGAGAAACCAUCGACGAAGAUGGAUGGUUACACACCGGCGACGUAGCAGUUCACGACGAGGACGGUUUCUUUUCCAUAGUCGACAGAAUUAAGGAACUUAUUAAAGUCAAGGGAUUCCAGGUGUCACCAUCCGAGAUAGAAAACGUGCUACUGAAGCAUCCUGCCAUAGCCGAUGCAGGAGUGACCGGCAUUCCUCACGAAGACUAUGGCGAAGUUCCUCGUGCUUACAUAAUCAGCAGCAAAGGAUCUUCUGUAACCGAGAAUGAAAUUAAUAACUACAUGAAGGAACAUCUGGCUCCCUACAAACAGCUUCUCGGAGGGAUAAAAUUUGUAACAGACUUGCCUAAGAAUCCCUCGGGCAAGUUGUUACGCAAGGUGCUUGCUAAAACAGCUGAACAGGAGGAGAGCUUAGUCGUCGAAAAUAUUGUCCCUCCAACACAGCUCUAAGUUUGUUUCAACAAUAUUCUAGAAUGAACUGAAAAAUUAACAUUAAUAGUUUAUUUGCAGAGGAAGAGACAUUGUCCUUACUAAAAUAUAUUCAUGCCAAGCUAUUUCAAUUCUGCAUGUUGUAUUGAUCGCUCUCUAAAUCAAGAAUUGCCCUUCUUAUGGCGAGCACAGAUUAGAUGAGAUAAGAGAUUAAAUUAACGCAUAAGAAAUUAUUAGCGCGAAUGUUUAAAACGCAGUAGAAUAUUCUUUAAUGAAUUUUGUUUGUUCCAUGGUAAAAAGUGAAUGGGAUCCAGUAUAAAAAAAAUUAGUAAAUAAGGAUGAACUCUGUGCAAAUGACUGCAUUGAAUUGCUAAUUGCGUUAUCACGGUUAUGGAAUUUAUAAAAUAUAUUUUGCGUUAUAUAAAAUAUAUAAUGUUUCGCACUUAGCGAAAGUUUAAAAAUGAUUACCUUGGCAUUAUGAAGAAUUGAAUACCCGAUUACCAUGUUAAAUGUCCGUUUCGUCUUCGACCUGUAUUUUAUAUUCGUUAAUGUGCAUGAUUAUGUUUGCUUGCAGUCUGUCUUAACUGUGCUUUAUUAAUUGUAUUUUACACUACAAAUAAUUCCUAAUUUAAAU